AUGACGAGCGACAAUUGCUUGGUGUGCGCAAGCGACGAAGGUGUUUUUCUGGAUGUGGAAGAGCAGCCGGUGCUCAAAAUCAAGGCCAAAAACUGCCGGCUCGACAAGGUAACGGAUGGUCCAACUUCAAAGAUUUGCCACAAGUGUGCAUUUGAACUUGACCAAUGCAAUACGUUUGUUGAGAAAAUCAAGGAAGCCAGCAAAAAACCAAGCAAUGUAAAGCUUUCUUGUUACUUAUGCUCGGACUUGCUGAGUAAUUUAAUUUACUUUGAUUUGACGAAUCAUGAAAAUGGAGCAGAUAAUUUAUUGAAGCAAAUUCAAGAUUUGCUUUCAGAAGAGUUAAAGGAUAAAAGUUUUCAAAAACAGCUCAUUUGCCUAUCGUGUAGAUACUGCGUGGACUUAUUACAGGAUUUGAGAAAUUUAUCCAACGAAAUAACUGGUAAACUCAAGAGUAUUAUUCAAAAUGGCAUUCACCCAGCUGAUCUUCCAAAGACAAAGACGUUUAUUGUGAACAGAAAUACUACUCUUGUGCAAACUGCAAACUUUGAUUUAAAUACUCCCUCAGAUACAGACAGUGAAAUCAGCGAUACAAUGGGCAGCAAGAAAAAGAAUAAAUCCAACAAAUCUACAGUGUCAAAAUCACAACAGAAUUGCAAACAGUGCAAGAUAUCGCUCAAAGAUAAAAGCUCGUACCGAUUUCAUCGUACUGAAAUUAUUGUUUGUAAGGAAUGUUGGCUCACCACAGAUCCUAUCAAAACUCAGACCAAGAACCGCAAACAAGUCAAUUAUCCGUCGACAACACAGUGUUCUGUGCUCCUGAAAGAUUUGUAUCUAUUGCAGGAGAAAGAAUUUAUAAUUAAAGAUGAAGAAAAUGAAGCAAAAUUCAUUGUUAUUAGUUCCAGUGUAGACAAAAAAACAUUUCGAUCCCCGGCAAGUAAAAAAAUCGAUGAAGAAAAAAAAAAUACCACAUUUGAAGAGAGCGAUGAAGAAAUAUUUGAAGUGAAAAAAUCGCGAUCUAGAAGCAAAGUAACUAAAGGGAAACCCAAGAAGAAAGGGUCAUCUAAUAAAUCCAAUUCUAAAGCCAAAAGUCGGCAAAAGGGAGAAUCUGACAGUGAGCAUGUAGAAGAACAAGGUGGAGAAGAAGAAGAAGAAGAAUCGCCUAAACCUGCUAGAAACACAAGAAUGAAGAAAAACAUUGACCAAAAUAUUCAAGAAGUUAUGGAAAGUAGGAGUACAAAAAAGAGUAGGAGACGGAAAGAUUCGGAACUAAGUAUGGAAUCAGAGGAUACCCAACCAAGUCGGUCCAUUAAAAACAAAAAAAGUUUAGAAGGUAGAUCAAUCAGAGCAACUAGAAAAAGAAAAGAGUCGGAACAAAGCGUUCAAGAGGAAGAGAUCAAACUCGUGAAAAGUUCUAGGAGUAGAAAAAAUUCCGAACUAAGUGAUAUAAGCACUGCGGAAUCUAAAAGUACAAGAACUAGAAGGAGAAUAGAUUCGGAACUGAGCGUACACGAAGAGUCUGAGAUAGAGGUGGAUAACGAUAGUGACAGUGGGCCAGUUUUAAAGAAAGCCAAACAGUCUGGCUCAAAGUCAGUAAAAAAAACAGUUUUAAAGUCAAAAAACAACCAGAAUAGUCGUAAACGCGGGAGAAGUAGCUCUGUAGAGUCGACCGGUAGUAUAAGAAAAUCCGCGAGAAACGCACGGAAGAAUAUCGUUAACGAUUUAGAUGAAAUAAUUGAAGUCGAUGAUGAUGAUGUUCUGCCCCCUCGAACGGAAAAAGAAGAUCUGUCGGAAAGUGAAGAUUUCUCCAAAACUAAGAAACAAAGAGUACAAGAAAUGCACUCAGAUGGCGAUCACAGCGAAAUUGAAGAUCAGUUUAAGAAAUCAACACCAAGUUCAAGUAAGGAGUCGACACCAACAUCUAAAUCGUCGCCUAAGCAAAAAAGAAAUAGAAAGGAGCUACUUACCAAGACUAGAGUUACAGAAAUUCUAACUGUAUCUGAGAAGCCAUCGGAUAAUUCAGAAUCAGAAGAAAUUGAUGUCCUCAAGUCGACUGACGAGGAAACUAAAGAUGACGAAAAUGACAGAAAAAUCAAGCGUGCAAGUUUUGAGAAAAAAACUGUUGAUAUUGAUAACGACUUGGAAGGUGAUGCUGCAUCCGAUGAAGAUAUACAAGCCCUUGUUGGGCAGAAAAUUGAUUCAGAAUCCAUAGUUGAAAAGUUGAACGAAGGGGAAAUCAUCAAGUCGGCAGAAAAUGAUGUUCCAAAAACAAUGGAUGAAAACGUUUCCAUUGGUGAUAAGUCUGACAAAAAAGAUUCAGCUUUAUCCGAUAGAGAAGAAGAUGAAGAAAAAGAAACAGAUUUUUCCAGAAAUGAAACUAAAGAAGAUGAGAACGAAGGAAAUGAGUCUGAUACUUCAAAAAAGAGUAGUAGAGCCUCGUCAAGUAGACGCUCUUCUUUGAAUUUGACUCGGCAAUCGAAACAAAACAAAAAAUCUGGAGGGAAGAAAAAGUCUCCAAAAUCUGCAAAGUCUAAGAAUAAUAUAAUCAUUGAUGGUUCAGAUAAUGAAUCCACGGUAUCUACGCCAAAAGCAAAUCAAGACAUUCAGCCAGUUGACAAAUCAUACACCUGCACAGUGUGUAGUAUGGUAUAUGAAAGUAGAUUAACUGGCAUUGAACACGAACUUACGCACAUGAAAGUAUUGCAACUUAAAUUAGAAAGAGUUGUAGUACCCAAAAAGGUUGAUGAAGAACUACGAAUAAGUUCGGAAAGAGAAAUUCCUGAAGAAAAUGGAAAAGAGAACGGUGAAAUGGAAGUGGAUGAAGAGCUAGAAGAGAAAAAUGAGGGUAAUCAAGACAAAGGUGAGAAAAUGUUGGUGGGCGAGGAAGAAAAAGAGCUGAUCGAUGAAGAUGUUGAAAUGGUUGAAAAAGAUGACGUCAUCGAAAACGAUACUGAAAAGAUUACAGGGAAAGAAGAUGAAGAGGUAAUCGAAAAUGAUGUUUCGAAAAAAUCCAAAAUGACGAAUGAUGUAAGUUCAGAUGAUGAAAGUGAAAGAGAAACAAAGUCUCAACGUUCAACGAGGCAGUCUAAGCAAAUGGUAGGAAAAGAUGACGAAAAGCCAAAAGGUAGAAGAAGUAAAGCUGUCGAAGAUGAUAGCGAGUCUGAAAAGGAAGCUGAAUCUCAUUCGGAUAAAAUUGCAGAGGCCGUUCAAGAGACUCUUAACGACAUUGCUGAAUUGCACGAAAAACCCCAGGACAAAUCCAAAGAAACUGAAGAAGAGGAACCAGCAGAAAGUGACAAAGCUCAAGGAGAGUUAGCAAACGAAGAACGAGAGAAUGAAAGCGAGACAGAAGAAGAAAAAACGGAGAUUCGUAAUGAAAAAACUCUAAAUAAUGAUGAAGAAAGAGAUGAAAACGAACAAAACCAAGAAACUGUCGCUGAGAGUCCUGUAGAAAUGGAUAAUGAAAACAAUGACGAAGAAGAGGAUGAGGUUGUAGAAACUGAAAAUGUUAGAAGAGAAGUCCCUAACGAGUCUGAUGAAAUCAUCGAAUGUGACACGAUAGAUGAGGACAAGGACGAAGAUGUCGAAUGCAUUGAAGCAACUCCUGUUGUAGAUGUGGAUGAAUCGUCAAAAGACAUCGACGAAUCGUCGAAAGAUGUGGUAGACGCCGAAAAAGAAGCUGAAAAACGUCAAGUGGACAAUGAAAUUGAAAUAACCGAAAUCGAUGACGGUGAUCAAGACGAAGAUGAGCCCAUAGAAACCAUGCAGUGCGAAAAUAUUGAUUUGACAGAAAAUGACGGAUGCGAAGAGCUCAAAGAUGAUCAUGGAGAUGACGAUGAAAUUGAGGAAGUCGUAGAUUCGAGCAAAAUUACUCAAGAUGACGAGAACACAGUUGACUCUAUCACUGAAAUAAACGUUAAUGCAUCAGAAGAACCGGAUAGAGAAAACAAUGAUGGAAAUACGAAGAAAUCAGGUACAGAUAACAACGAGGAUGAAGAAAAUAUGACCGAAGAUGAAGAGGCACUCGAAGAACACACCUUGGAAGAAUUGCUGCAACGCAAAGGGCUUCAGGUAGUUGAUGAGUUAGGAUCAGUCACGGAUGGCGAUGAGGAAAGUGAAAAAGAAACCAAUACAAGCAUGGAGAAGGAAAAUUGUUCUGGUAAGGAUGGCCAACAUGAGAUCAAAAUAUCUGAAUCUGAGUGCACGGAUGUUUCGGAAAUUAGAAACAAUAAAUCUAGCAGCAAGCAAAAAGACAAUGGUGACGGAACCUUGGAUGAGUGUCAAAUAAUUCAAGACGUCGAUGUCGUAGAGGAAGUGGUGAACACCAAUGAGCAACAACAGACCGAAGAGGUCCAGGAAGACGAGGUUGAAAACAAUGUUUCUUUGAAUAUUGCGCUGUAUUAAUCUUGUAGCAGACUUCGACAUUCAAUCACACGGGCUGCCGAGUGAAAGUGCAAAGAGACAAUUUAGAUGAUAAUGAAAAAGAAACUGAGAGAGUGAAAACGAACUUCUUGUUUAUUGUUCCCUCAGUUGAAAUCUUCUCCCAAUCAACCAGGAAUAUCACCGAGAAGAUUCACUGCGUCGUCAAUUCCACGAUGCGUAAAGUCUAAUGAUAAGAGUUCGGCUUCUUUGGUAACGUUUGAUUUAGAAUCCAAUUAACGUGUAACAACAAUGAAUAAGUGAUGUGAGUUCUGCGUAAUGUGAGAUUGUAAAGAGUAGCUUACAAUAAUAACUUGAGUAUAUUGUAUAUUUUCAGGGAGUUUCUUUAGUUAAGAUUGCUCAACGUUUUACUCUUAAUUAUUUAUUCGACGUCUUCAAAAUUGACUUGGUGUUUUUUUUUUAAUGCACGUUGUUACUAUUAUAUU